AAUUAAUUUCAAAAUGUCUGCUCCUUAAAUUAUAAUUGAAUAGCAAUCUUAACUUAAUAGUCCAAUUGAAGUUGAUGGAGCUGUUUAUGUAGCAGCAUAAAAUGGAGAAAUAAUUUAAUACAAGGAUGGAUAAUAGAAAACAUUUUUUCAUGUAGCCAGUCAACCACAUUCAAUAAAAAUGGAUAAUAAGAAUAAGGUCUGUUAUGUUGCUAACAUGGCUAGAUAAUGCAUUUAGAGGUUUAGUCAAGAUGAGAACAACGAUGAAAUUAUUGAUUUCAUUAAUGAGUUUGAAGGCAUGCCACUUCUUGGGCCUAAUUCAAUUUUGCUCUCUCCUAAAAAUAACAUGGUUUUUUUUACUGAUUCUGGCCCUUUUGGAGAAACUGCAAUAGAUAACUGUAAAGGAUCAUUGUUCGCAGCAGAUUUAGAUAAUCUAACAUGCAAAGCAUUAGCUUUAUAUUGCCUUUCAUUUCCAAGUGGUAUCUGUAUGGGCAAUGAUCAAAAAACCAUAUAUUUAUGUGAAACAGGUAAGAAUAGAAUUCUAAGAUUUGUUUAGGCUAAUGCUGAAAUUUAUUACUUUAGUGUUUAUAUUCAAUUUUAAGGAAGGUUCGGUCCUAUGGCCUGUGCUGUGUCAUCAAAUGAUCUCUUAUACGUUGCGAGAUAUGAGUUCUCCUAAGUUACUGAUGAUGGACUAAUCAGCAUAUAUAAUUAGAACGGAAUCAAUAUCGAUAAUAUCGUACUACCUCAAUAUCCUGAACUAACUGGCAUGACCUUCUCAGUCUAAAAACCUGGUGUAUUGUACAUAACUGAGAAUUCAUAAAAGGGAAAGUGUUUAUAGCUCAAUGUUACUCCUUCAGACAAAAAAGAUAAAGAUAAGUUUAAGUGA